ACCGCCACCGGCGGCGGCAGUGAUUGAUGUUAAACUUCAAAGUCCUAUAUUUCGCAUAGCUUUAUCUUGAUGCAACACCUUCCAUCCUCCUCUCGUCAUCCGAAAUUUUUCUAGCUAUGUCCAGGUACGACAAUAUCCUUGCCCGACUCUCAUCUGAGUCGCGAUGGACGCCGGAGAACGAGAAGGCUGUACUUGAGCCUUACGAGUAUCUACUCUCGACUCCGGGAAAGGAAUUUCGCACACAGCUCAUCGACGCGUUCAAUAAAUGGCUCGCAGUGCCGGGCGAUACGCUCCAGAUCAUAGCGAAGAUCGUGAACAUGCUACACUCCGCGAGCUUGAUGGUCGACGAUAUCGAAGACGACUCACAGCUACGAAGGGGGAAGCCAGUCACGCACAAGAUCUAUGGCGUCCCGCAGACGAUCAACACCGGGAACUACGUCUACUUUCUCGCGUAUCGCGAGCUACUUCUGCUCAGGGAGCCCGCAAAGGGCAUUGACGUUGAGAAGCUAGUAACAGAUGAGCUACUGUCCCUCCACCGGGGCCAAGGACUCGAACUUCUUUGGCGAGACUCUUUGCAAUGUCCCACGGAGGAUGAGUACAUCGAUAUGGUGAACAACAAGACAGGAGGCUUGCUCCGCAUAGGCAUCAGGCUCAUGAUGGCGUGCUCGACCCAGAACAGGGAUAUGAACUAUAUCCCGCUCGUCAACCUUAUUGGUGUAUUCUUCCAGAUCAGGGACGAUCUCAUGAACCUGCAGAGCGUCGAGUAUAGCUCAAACAAGGGAUUCGCCGAAGACCUAACAGAGGGCAAAUUCUCGUUCCCAGUCGUCCAUGGAAUUCACGCUGACAUGUCUAACCGCCAGAUUCUCAAUGUCUUACAGAAGCGCCCCGCGACCCCAACGCUCAAGAUUCACACCAUAUCGUACCUCAAGGACCGGACGAAGUCCUUUGAGUACACCUUCGACGUCCUUGACAGCCUGGAAAGGCAAAUGCGCCAGGAGAUCGACCGACUGGGUGGUAACCCCAGCUUGAUGAAGAUUGUCGACCUUCUGAGCGUCGACCGAUCGAAACUCGUGCACUGAGACCCCGGAUGUAUUUUAUCACUAUAGGGAUGAUUGAAACAACUAGCAGUCUCUGUCCGGAGAAGGCCUCCCCGGGGUGUUCGAGGUGAGUGAGAUAUCUCACCAUGAGACAGGCGCGUCUUCGCGGU